GAACUUUUCGAACUGGAGGUAUAAGCUGUGUAAGAAGUUGGUUGAUAAUUCCCUCUGACAGCGAUCAGGUGUGAGAAAAUUUACUCUCUAUGUAUACGAGCAUAAAUAAAAAUAAUGAAUAGAAGGUGUGACGAGGAGCCUAAGCGAAAAAGACUAAAACAAAGCAGUAUUGAGGAGAGCUUCAAACGUCACCGCUCAAGUUUCAAAUCGAAGACAUCGCUUCAUCUGGCAGGUAUAAAUUAUUUAAAAAGUUAAUUGUUGGUGAAUGGGAUGUAAGCACGGUUUCGUAUCCCACAGAUUUAUUGGUUUCAGGGUUUCAAAUGGUUUGCUUAUGUUUCCGAUUGCUCGUGGAGUUUACGGAUCUUUAUUAAUAUGACAACAGCUGUGUACAGAUAAAAUCUUCCAGGUUACUAAUUAAGCUUGAUUAUAUAAUUAUGUGAACAUUCGGUCAAAAAUAAAACCAAGGUGGAGUGGACCACUUGGUCUGGUCAAUUAGAGUUAGCUACUUGAUGUAUUUUACUACUUAAUUGAUUUAGUAAUUUAGGGUUUGAUUUAGUUAGUUAUUUGGUGAUAUUGUAUUUGAAAAUCCAAAAAUGUGUUUGUUUGAGUGGAAGAUGCCAACCUCUUAACAACAGUUUCGGUUAAUCCACCAGAUUUCAGUCAUCAGGCUAAAAACCCCCCCCCCCCCCCCAAAAAAAAGGAUUCAUGAUCCAGAAAUUCACAUUUAUUUUUAUGGUACAGGUCAAAUUUGAUUCCAGGUUAAAAAUUUUUAACCUAUAGGUUGAUUCUCAAUUUCCUUUGUCCUCAAGGGCUAGAAGAGAUACCACAUGCACGUUCAAACAAGUUUUUGUUAACUCUUAGGUGUUUACGUGUGUAAAUAAACUACUUACUUACUUACUUACUUACUUAUGCCAACCUCUGGAAAUCAACAUUCUGGAAACUCCCUCUUUUGCAUUACCCCCUGAUUUAUCAACGACCAACCCCUCCCCCUGACCCCCACCUCCGCCCCUACCCCCCGAUAACUACAAUUCGAUCCAGUCCCUAAUUUAUCACAUGGAAAAGGCUUAGGACAUCAUAAAAUGAAGUCUUACAUGAAGUACAGGCUAUCACAAUUCGCUUUUAUGAUUGUAAUGGCAAAGUAAUCUUUGUUAGUGAUGAAAUUUCACGCAAAAAUGCCCCGGAAACCAAACUAUGAAUCAAAGAAAGUUCAAAUUUUGGGAGAAAAUAAGUCAAUUUUAUGCUGAAGAUGUGACGGCCUAUACGGGAGACGGGGGGAUUGGUGUCGUAUCCAGGAGAGUUCACGUGAAUGGGCCAAGAGACAUUGCAAAUUGGGAAUCAGCCUAGGUUAAUCAAAAUUAACCUGAAAUCAAAUUUGAUCUCUAACAUAAAAAAUUUGGUUGCCUUUUUCCUGGAAAUUUUAACUGAUUGAGUAUUCAUAAAGGGUUCCCAGUGGUUUUUCAGGAUCUGGGUCAGGAUUUGGGAUUUUUGAGAAAAGAAAGUAAGAACUGAUGUGGGAUUACUAUGAAUGGGCCACUAGAUUUAACAACUUUAUGAUUUAUGAAAUAUCAUUUCAAAGAACUAAGAUCCAAAAAGAAAAGAGUCACGAGCUGCAGUUUGUUAAAUAUUGAAAAAGGUUUCAGGUUGAUAUAACACAAAUAUCAGCAUUUUUAUUGAGAUCCUAUGUAGAUUUUAGAACAUAAGACAAUGGAGUUAAUGUUUUUUUCUGAAGGAGUUGCUUUGUCCUGUUUUUGUAUUGUUAGAUAAGAAUCAAAGGUUACUGUCACAAAUUAUGCAUCAAAGUGUAUCGUCACCAAGUGAAGAUGAAUUAAGGAAGAAAAGAGCUCUUCUGGCAGAUGCCGCUGAAAAAAGACGGUAACUUUCAGCAUAAUGUAACUUUGAUUUUAAAAGUUCUGUUUCACACCAAAGUUUGCAACAGAUUGUGCCAGUCUGCAUAGAUUGAUUUCAGUGGUAGUAUGUUGCCUCUUUUAUAGUACAUCCCAAAGCUCUCAACUAGCCCCAUAUUUUGGUGUUAACAUCUUGUUUGCCAUAGAGAGAUGAAAAAUUCACAUUUUUGAAAUUAUGGGAUUGGUUGGCGUAUUCAGAGAGAACAAGAUGAAAAAAGCCCCCUUUGCCAAAAAUCAGCCUGCUAGUGCAAAUUGGUGAGGAGGAGCUAUGAGCUCUGGUUGCUGUGAUGGCUCCAUACGGUCCAUUUGAAAUUGCCUUGGAUCUUAGCAUUAAUGAUUCAGGCCUACACUAUGUCAGACUAGAGGGAUUUGUGUGGAGCAUAAGAUUAAUCUCCACCAAUUUGCACAAACAGGCUGAUUUUUAGCAAGUGAACAUUUUUUGUCUUGGUCCUUCUAGAUGUGCCAACAAAUCCCAUAAUUUCAUGAAUUUAGUUUUUUUGACAUCAUCACGUCUCUUCAGUAUUAGCUGAGCUGCUUUCUCAGUAGAAUAGAAACACUAUCAAAGAUGUCAGUUCUACAGCAUCCCAUCUGUUGUGUGCAGCUUCAGGCUUAAUAUUAGUGUGCUCCAUGGGUUUUUCCUUGUAACUUGUCACUGCAACAAAUUGCCCAGAGUAUGGCAAGCUCAUUGUUUAAUUUCUUGCCUCUAGACAGAAGAAAAUAAAUCGCCACAAGAGAACUGAAUAAAUUCAGUGAUUAAUUAGUAUAGGUAAUAGCAUGAUUUGUAGUGAUAUUUGGCAUAAAUACCACGAGUGAUAUUUCCAAAUUGUUAUACGAAAUUUCACGAGCUGUUAGCCGAGUGAAAUUUGAGACAAUUUUGAAAUAUCACGAGUGGUAUUUACGCCAAAUAUCACAUACAAAUCAUGCUAUUAUUUGUUUAUGCUACUACCCACAAAAGGCUUGUAAUUUUCACAUGUAGGUAUUUCAAAUUAAGCUGAAAUACCACUGCUCUAAGCCAAUCAAAUUGCAGUAAUUUUUGAUGUAGUGGUAUAAUACCUUUAAUGGGCUGUAAGAAUCAAUUUUAUGGGGCUGUACACAAAUAUGUAAGAUGAAAGCUUGCACAUUAAUGACGUAAUUUUAAACCUACAUAAUGCAUCUGAUCUGAUCAUUUAAUUUGUUGCAAAAGAAUUAUUAUAGUUAUGAAGUCUUGUGUUGAGAUCUUUGAAUUUAUCAGGCAAGUGUUAAUUUUGUUAUUUCUUGAUAUAUCAGUUGAUAAAACCCUUUUUUUUGACAGUGAGAGUACCUCAAAUACUGCUGUAACAUCAGCAACAUCCACUGCUAGUUCAGAUAUGGUUCUGGAAGGUGGCAGCAAGGAUGGACUAAGUGACAAUGAUAACACCCUUCCUGAUGAAUUUGAUGAUUCUCCCCUUCUUUUUCCUGAGUAAGCAUUUGCUCCACUUACAAUUUGGUCUACAGUAAUUUCUGACAGUGUAGUAGCAAUCAAGCAAACUUAAAAUGGUUUUUUUGCUUUAUCUGUUCUUUAUUGAAUCAUUUGAGACUUGAGGCAAAUAAACCAUCUUCAUUCGAAACAUUGUGGGUCCCAGUGUUAUUUUUAAUUAAACAAUCUAUCCAAAUAAAACUGAAGUGCUUAUCAAACCUGUUCAAACCAACCCCUUCCCACCCCCUCCCCAAAACCCAACAACAGGCUCAUUCAUCUUUAUUGUAUGCCAGAAACACAUAACUUUUCUUCAAAGUAAUUUACAGUUAGACAACUGUAUGUUCAUACUCUGUAAAGUUAAGGCUCUUGAUAGAACUUUUGGUGUUUGUUAAUAUUAUAUUGUUUAGAAUUAUUUUAGUGAUUCGUUGAAAUAACUUGUGUUUAUUUGUUUCAUUUUUAUUUAGUACACCACCACAAGCUCCUCCAUCAGAAGAAAUUCUGCAACAUUUUGUGACAGGGGUGAGAGCAAAUUGAAGAGCAAGUACAUCAAAUUACAUUGUAUACUCAGAAUAACAUUGUGUUAAUGGCCCGUUUGUGUCAUUUUUAAGAACUAUUAAUUGACUGACAAGAGUUUCUCCUUUUCCAAAUCAUGGCAUUUCUAAACAUUAAAUUAGUAAUCCCCCUCUCCUCCAUCUUGAUGAUGAUGGCAGUGAAAACAUCGCUAAAAAAGAUAAAGGAAUUUGCAUCCUUUCAAACUUUAUCACGUCUAUUUAGAACCGCUCAAUUUGUCAAAUGUAGGCAACUUUUCUUGGAGUUGAAUUCUUAAGUGCUUUAUCCAUGUUCAAAUAGAGAAGGGAAAAUUCGUUGUAGUCCACAUCCUCCAUAAAACGUUGCAUUGGGAGGUUUUACGUCGUAGUCGUGCUGUGGACGUCAAAGAAAUGUACUAACAAGUGUGAUGCACAUGCAGAGCAGUUGUUUUGCUCACAAAACCAAUAAAUUGUUGUUUUUUGACGUUGUUGUUGUCGUCAUAGUUGUCGUCCCUAACAAGCACUCUAAAAAACCUUUACAAAACAACCAAGCACAUUUGUUAAUAAUAAUUUAAUCCAAGUGCAUGUGCCUUCUAUAAUGAUUGCCUUACUACACAUACAUGUAAUCUGUACUGGUAUGUAUUCAUCACCACAAAACAGGAAACAGUUAGAGUCAUAAUCAUUCUCUCUUUUUUUUCCUGUCCUCAGGGAGCGCCCCUUUCAAGCCUUAACAUAGUUCCUGUGUGUUCUCUACAACUUCCUCCUCUAGUUCCCCAACCUGACCACACUGUUUUAGUGAGAGUGAGUUCUUCAACAUUAAACUUCUGUUUGUAAUUUACAGUUAACACAAAAGUUACAACCUCUUAAAUAAUGCAGCUUAUUAUAAUCAAAUGCUUUCCCAGUAAAAAUGUUUUGCUCUGGCCAAUUACUCACUGUGGCAAAGAUAGAUAUUAAGAGUUGAAAAUAAGAGAAAUUUGUAUCUCCACUGCAAUGACAAUUCUCUUAUACAAUGUUAGUAGAAUUGCAAAAAAUACUGUGGUCAUUCCACGAUCAUGGACGUUACAUUUGCAUGAGUGCAGUUAGAGAAAAAUCAUUAGAACAGAUGCAAAAAUAACAAACAACCAUUCCCUUUUCCUUUGUUUAUGACAGAUAGGUGCUAGUUGCAUGUUGAGUGAAAAACUCAUCAAAUUUACUAUUAUGCAAAAAUGUGUAUUUAAAUAAAUAGAGCUGUCAUGGAUGUUACAGCCAAAGAAACCACAUUCUUAACUGCAAAUGUUAAACACUGAAUUCCUGUGAGUUCUGCAAGCAUAGCUAAAAACACAUGAUAUUGUUUUUUAGGUAAAUAGUGAUACUACAAUAGUACAAUUGCACGAUGACGUCAUGUUACUACAACUACCAGAAUCCUUGAGUUUGUUGUUUUCUUAUGCAAAUUAAGGCUAUUGUUCUUUAAUCCUCAGCGGGAUUGACAAAUUUAAAUAACAAAGCAAAACCGAAAUGAAUUCUGGUAGUUGUAGUCAAAUGUCGUCAUCGUGCAAUUGUCUUAUUACAAAGUGAUAAACAUUUCUUUUGUGAUGUGUGCCUUCUUUAAUUUGCUUGAUGACAAAAAAACUGUCAUGGAUGUUACAUUCUGGAUCAUGGAUGUUACAGUGUGUAAUCAGUGAUGUCAAAAAUGUAAAUUCCCUGUGCCUUCUUUCUUUCCCACAAAAACACUGACAUGAAAGGUUAGGGUUAUAUGUUCUUCUUAUCAUUGUUACAGAAGUAAUGUUAUACUACAUAAAGUAUCUGAUUUUGCUCACUUAUUUUUGUGUGUGUGUUUCAGGCAUCUUUGAACUGUAAUUUUGCAGAACCUCCAAAACCAUCUUACAAGAACUACAGGUAACAUACAGUCUCAUUGGCAAGUAUGUCAUGUGUUCAAGUUUGUAUGCUCAUUUCCUUUUAUUGACAGUUGAUAAUAUUGAUAAUAUUUAUAAUUUUUGCAAAGUGCCUUUAGGUAAACUUUGCAAAUGGGCAGUUUUUAAACCCCUGUGUCAUUUGCCAUCUAUGGCUUGUGGAUCAUGGCAGGAACUUGGAUUUCUCGUUUUCAUGCAUUCCCAAGGAUAUUUUGGACAAUAACCAAAUCUUGUUCUUAAAUUUUGAUAAAAUCUUUUUCCAAUCUUAAGUCAUGUUUUCAUUGAGGGUAUGCCACAGUCCACUAAGCAUCAGUUGUUCUAAAGGUGGGUAGUGCUAUCCACCAGAUAAAUCACUAUCCAUUGGAUAUAUAUAAGGGAGACAAAUAAUGCACAGUCCAGUGGAUAGCAUUAUCCACCUUUUGAACAACUGAGACCUGAACUGAAAAAAGUGACUUGUCACCUAUGAGGUUUACUUUACUUUGCUAGGAGGUUUUCAUAGCACUGAACCACAUAUAUGUUUCUGGUUGUGUUUGUUUUCAGGGACAAAUGGGAUAGAAAUCACGUACGAAUGCCUUGCUCCACGGAAAAUCUCUACCCAGGAGAGGUGAUAAUUUUUUUUAAAUGUAUGGUCUGAAACCACGAACAAAAUAUUCUGUGUUUGACUAAGGAAGUACUGUACAUGAGAAAGAGGAUGAAAGAAAACUUGUUUGGUAUUUUUCAAUGGGCUCUAAAAUAUUACAGUCAAAACAGGUCAAGUGCACCCACCAAGAUUCUAUUAAUGAAUUGAUUAUUUGAAAAAUGAAUCUGUUAGUCGUUCCCGUAACUAAUGUCAAAUUCAAAUCGGGAUUACUGCAUGCAAAAUGAGCAGUGAAUAAUUUACGAAAACUUGUCUGUAUUUGAUCAGAUUGAAAAUCUUUGAAUGAAUUAAAAUUUUUAGGAGACAUUUACAUCAAAUUCAGGGAAACUAAGCUGGUAGAAAUUUCGUAACUGAAUCAGGUGUGAAUUCACGGCUCAUUACGCAUGCAAGAAUGUAGAGAUGAAUCUGAAAUCUACAACUGCCAACAGACUCAACUUUCGAAUAAAAAAAUUUAUUAAUGGAAUUUUGGGGGGUACACUUGACCUGGCUUGACUGUAAUAACAGUUAAUGAUAAUAAUAAUAAUAAUAAUAAUAAUAAUAAUAAUAAUAAUAAUAAUAAUAAUAAUAACGUGUUGUUUUAGUCCCAUAUGCUAUGCGUCUUGUUGCCUGUGAGUUAUUGUGUAUUAAUGCGAUAGUGUUGGAAAUGACAGGCUUUUAUCAUUAUUGUGUCUUUUCAGAACUCAGAGAAGAAAGUUCAGAACAGAUGGGAGCUAAUAGAGGCAACGUUACUGGGUCCUAUAAGAAGCUCAGUGGAGUUGCAGGUGAGUAAAGCAAAGUCAGCUUGGGAUUUUUACACCAGUUGACUCUAACAUCUCAGAUGUUAAAUAUGUCUAGACCUCUUAAUCAUCUCUUGAGCAUAAAAAUGGCCAAUCAGUUAUGUGUUGCUUGAAGGAAAGAUAGCUUUUUUCCUCUAAUCAGGGUGCUAUUCAAAAGAUUACCAGGUAAUACAGUGGUGAUUACAGACAGAAUGUUUCCAAAAAGCUAAAACGACCCUCACUUUGGCUUGCAUUUGCAUAUCUGUUUUAACAUGGAGUUGACAUGUAAAUCCACCAAACUACUAAAGUACCGGCUUUCAUGUGCUCGAUACUCGAUACUAUUCUGUAAUACUAAUCAUAGACUUUCUUGUAGGAUGCCAUCUUAAAGUACAAUGCUCGUUAUUCAAAAAGGUGGAACUUUGAAGCCCUACACAGCUAUUUUAAUGAGGUAAUAGAUUGCAUGAUAUUUAUUGUAUUAACAUUUUCAAAAUGUCGUCUUCCUUAAUCAUUGUAUUAUUAAGUUCUCCUACACAUCAAGUAUUUUCUCCCAAAUGAUAAGCUAAGCGAUGUGAAUUCCAUACAUGACUGUGUCUUUCUUGUUUACGUACAGAUGUUGGACACUAGUGCAAGAGAAGAAUUCUUUGAGCAGACAUUACCAGCAAUAGUAACCUUGGCACUUCGUCUUCCCAUUUUGUGUACUCAGGUAUCAGAUUUGAUAACUGUUCUACUUCAUCUUACCAUUUCUUUACCCGAUAUUUACCUGAAGCAGCAGGAAGCGGUGGCAGCUGCCUGUAUGUACUGGCUUAUUUCUGUGCAUUCGUUUGACAUUGAUGAUAUUUAGUAUUAAAUGCAACUGAAAUAAUGUUAACUUUCUAUAGAAUAUCUGAUUUCUACUCUUCUUCAAUUUAUCUCAGAUUUCUGAAGACUUGUCCGAUCCAGUAAAAGAAUUGUCAUAUUUCAUAUUAGUUGUCUAACAAAAUUGUUGGAAGUGCCCACUUUAACUAAGUGCCACAUUUUGUUUCCUUUCCAGGCAAUUCCUCUUCUAAAACAGCAGCAGAACCACAGUUUAACAAUAAGCCAGGAACAGGUUGGUUUUUCCUUGAUUCAAUAAUCCUAUUAUUGUUAUUGUUAAUGUAAUAACACUUAAAACACUGGGACACCCUAGGAGACCUAAAAGUGAAUCACAUGCUUAUAAAACCCAAACUAGGACUAGGUUUUCCAAAUUUUGUGUUGUUAGUCCUACUAAUAUCCAAGGUGUUCCAGAUGUUCCAGGUGCUCUGUGUUUUAGGGUUUUAGGGAAUGCCAAAUGUUAAGCCUUCAGUGUUCUCACCAGGCUGCGGCCUUGCGGGAUUCCCGCAAGACAAAAUCGUUAUAUCAAAAGAUUCAAAGUCUUUAGUUUUAUUUCGUUGACUUUCGUUGGUUCCACAUACAAUGCAAAGAUUGGUGCACCCUGUUGCCAUAUUGGAUCAGGUAGGUACUUCACGUAGAGGACAGAUCAUUUGGAGUGCGGGCUCACUUUGUCCCCCUAAUUUUCUUACAGGGCCCCUAUUUCUCAAUAGAGGGACCCUGUUACUCCCCAAGGCAAAAUCCUGUUGAGAACACCGAGCCUUGAAAAGCCAUGGAGAUGUUGAUGUACAUGAAGGUACCAUACAUUAAUAAUAACAAACUGUUGCUGAAAAUUGAGAUGUCACAAGCUCUAUAAAUUUGGGCAUCUAAAGCCAGAGACAGUGUUGGCAUGAUGUCUGACAACACGUAUGUACAAAGCAGUUUGCCAUUCAUUAGUCUUGGCAUUCGGAAAUCUUUCACGGAAUUUACACUGAACAGGUUGUAAGAUCAAUUCAUCCUGACUGUUUGAACUUUUAUUGCAGGCUGCUUGUUUGUUGGCCAAUGCCUUUUUCUGUACCUUCCCAAGAAGAAACUCACACAAGCAUUCAGAAUAUUCAUUAUUUCCAGACAUCAAUUUUAAUAGGUAAAGCCAAUUACCUUUCUUUUUUAAAUUUUUUUAGCUUCUUUCUUUUAGACUAAAAACUGAAAAUGAAGAAAUGAUCGUCGCAGUGAAUGCAAUUUAUGCAAUGAACCUGUGACCUCACAAUUACCGGUGCAAUGCUCUACGAACUGAGCUAUGAAGCCACUGACGUUGGGAGCAGGUCAAUUGUGGGUUCAUAUGUUCCCAGGCAUGAAAGAAAUGAGUGUCAGAAAAAAAAGAACAUCAAAAAAUUGAAGUGGACAAAUUAUUAACCUAUGCAAUCUGCUUCAUGUGUUGGAUAUUUUAAGGUUGUUCCAAGGUGGGAAAGGAGGAACAAAUUCAGUCAAAACGGAAAAACUGCGAGCUCUUUUACAUUACUUUAGGAGGAUAACAAGGGAAAGUAAGUGACUUGGUAAUUGCUGUUGAUUAUUCCAAAACAGGUUUGGUCACCAGUUAUGUUUACAAAUGUGAACCUUGUGACAUCCCAGCUAUAUAUAACUGUUCUGUUGAGAGAGAGACAAACUCUUUUUUGUUGCUUUAUUAAAAUAUUAAUACUAAGCUUGAUGACCGGCUGCUUUUCGGAAAUGGAGCCCACACUGCUUCUCCGAAAGACUGGAUUCAAGAAAGGGAAGCAGAAAUCAAGUAUAACCUAACAAACACUGUACAGUGGUCUGUUAUCAAGAGUUAAUACAUUUACUAUAGAGACCAUGGCCAUUUGACAUCCUCUUUGAUUUUCAUUACAUUCACUGCAUACCGUAAAAUUCCAAAAAUAAGCCCUUGGGGGCUUAUUUUUUUCAAAAGCCCUUUUCGAGGGGCUUAUAUACGGAGGGAAAUUUGCGUUUUGAAAUCGAUUGGGCUAGCCUUAUAGUUGGAAGUAAAUUUACCAUUUUUGCUUUGUUUUACUUUGUAAUUUGAGGGCAAUUUUCCAAGUACAAGCCCCCAGAGGGCUUAUAUUUGGAGGGGCGAUUUAACAGAGGGUUUUUUUGUGUUACUGGUUUGGGGGGCUUAUAUUUGGAGGGCUUAUACAUGGAGAGGCUUAUUUUCGGAAUUUUAUGGUAUGUUGGAAAGAGUUCAAGCUCUUUAUACUACCUCUCCAUUUUCCUUGCAGCCCAGUCUCAACCUUCCCACAACAAGACUCAACAAAUGUAGCCUGCGUAGCUGGUGGUAUUGUGUGGCUGCGAGAUUAAAGUUUUGGCGGCGGAGCUGUGUUCCAAAAAAAGGGAGUAGGGACGAGGCGCUUGAAAUCUCUCGCGGCUUCACCGCUCAUGAUGGCUCCGCCGUCAAAUCUUACUCGACUAUAUUUCAACGACUCCACUGCCAAAUCUCACUCGACUACUACACAAUACUGCCAGCUACGCAGGCUACAACAAAUGUCAAGACCAUUAUUUUGAUGACUGGUUAUUUUAUCCUUCUAAUGGAGACAGACUUCAUGUUGUUGACUUGACUUGGUUCUUUGUGCCAUACCAUACAUGUAAUUUCUCGGACAAACAGUUAAACUAGAAGGCCUUUUGACUCCUUGCACUAAUGCAGAAGGAUAAAUAUUUAUUGCCUCUGGGAUAUGGAUAGAGGGCAUGAAAUGAAUAUCUUUGUGUGCAUAAUUUUGCAGGACUCACCUGUUCAGGUUCCAUCAGAUAAAAGCUGUUACUUAUUCGUGUUUAUUAAUCUGUUUUAGGGGAUAAAAAUGUUUACAAUGCAAUAACUAUAAUUUUCUCUUGUAUGUUAAGUAAAGGAACCAUUUCGGAUUCAAUGAUCACUCAACCCUUCUAUAAUCUCUUUCAUCACAGUGCCGACAGGGACACUGACAUUUCAACGGCAGGCUGUCAAGUCUACAGGCUUUCCUGUUUGGGAAAGGUAAAUGUUAAAGAGGCCAUUUCGUGACAGACCCCACCACUACAAUAUGUCACACAGCUCUACUGCCUUAGUAAAUUGCUGUAUACACUUAGUAAUUUGUUGCAUGAUUUAAAAACAAAAAACAAACUAGGGAAAAGCAGUUGACCAAAAAGAAACAAAAACCAUUCAUCUUUAUGUUUUCAGUUGUUCUGCCACCUUUGGUAAACUUCAUGUGUCUUCAAGAGGAACUAUAGAAGACAAUGGAGCAGGAUUCCUUCAGGUGAGUUCCUCUAACAGGCUGAAAAGACUAUGAAAACUCUACUCUCCCUGAAAAAGGUCUAACAUUUAAAAUCACUAGUGUUUAGAAUCUCUUAGUGUCAGCCUCAUUAAUUUAGAUGAUAGAACCAAUUCUCGUCUUUCACACCUUAGCAACAACAUGCUGAGUGACCAACCUCGAUUUUAUCCUAAAAUAUUUAUAUAUCAUCAAUAGAAAAGGUUAUGAGAAUUGUUAAAAGGAUCACUAAAGGAUAAAUGCUUUGAUCUUUAUCAAAUUCUCUCAACUAAUUAUUGAUAAACUAUAAAUUAUUUUCAAUUCGAGGAAUUGUAUGGAAAUCAGUCUUGUAUUUGUAUUUUGGGUUACAAUGUAUGCUUAAGCCCUUGUUUGUAAUUAGAGGCCCUUAAAAUCAGUCAGUUUAAUUUAAAAGUUGAUGUAGGUUCAAGUAAUAGCUACAAAACAUUCAAAUUUCAGGUUGAUUUUGCCAACAAGUACAUAGGAGGUGGAGUUAUAGGCGAGGUGAGGCUAUCUGGAGUGACUCCAGUAUGUUUAAUGCAUUUAAGCGCAGUUUAAAGGAGGUAACAAAAAAGACUGCUUUCAGAGCUAGCAAUCUGUCACAGGUGCUUCUGUGCAGUUUUGUAUCAAAGAAUGAGGAAUGAGAGUCAAAGACCAAGCCAAAACGGGGCUUUCGUCCCAUUUGUCAGGCAGCCAAAACCGAAAAUCCCAUUCCUCGUCAUUCCUUAGUCUUUCUUUGCUCCUAAACCACACAGAAACACUUUCUCUGCAAGCUGAGCGAUCUGUGGUUGUUCUGUAUGCCCAAGCAAAUUAGUUUUCUACCUUGUUCACGUAAUUUGGUGCAUAUGGAGUUUUCCUCAUGCAGGAAGUAUGUAUGUGCCCAGGGUUGUUUUGUUUUUGGCCCCGCUUUGGAAAAUAGAAGAAAAAUAGAACCAAAAGAAAUUUUUGAUUCCCCGCAUUGUUGUAUUUACCCGAACUUGAAAUCUUAGUGACAACCCUGUGUGUUGCCUGUCCCACUGAUAUUUUUCAGCAUGAGAGGUGCCUGUCCCAGUCAUGUUUACUUGGUUAUUUCUUUAUUACGAAAUAACUUAAUUACUACUAUGUGCACUCUGAUUGGUGAAUUGAAGAGGGUAACUCUCUUCGUGUUUUUGUUGUUGCUGUUGUUGUUUUUUGCAUUCUUCCUGUUUUUCAAGCAGCAACUCUGCUAUUUUAUCUUUGCAUAAUGUGUGAAAUCUUUUACCAUUUUCCUCUUCUAAACAGCUUGUUGUUGUUGUUUUGGCAGGGCUGUGUACAAGAAGAAAUCCGAUUCCUUAUCUGCCCUGAAUUGAUUCUCUCUCGGUUGUUUAUUGAACGACUUGAUGCAAAUGAGUGUAUUAUUAUAACAGGUAAUUUAAUCUACCAUAGCACCUACAUAGCCAAACAGAUUACAGAUCCACCACUACUUUGGCCUGUUCCAAGCUUUCAGUUAGACGGCAAAUAGAAAAGCAAGAAUAGAAAAAAUGAACGGGUAAGAACUGGGGAGAGAGAAAGUUCCCGCCCUUUCUUUCCCUGCUCUUUUCUUUGCUCAUGGCGACUUCCAAGUGCGUGGAGCAGAAUGCUACCCUUUUAUCAUCAAAACAGGCAAUUCACAGUACUUGUCCCUCAUAUCUAGCUGUAAACCCUUAUUAUUAUACUCCUGAAUCCUCGAAUGGGUAAGAUGAAGCAAAUCCUGCAGUCUGAUUGGUUACCCGAGCGGGGCCCAUCUUGCCCUGCUUGGGAUUUCCCGCGUUGUUCCCGCUAGAAAAAAAGUUCUAUUUUUGGCCAUACAAUAAAUCCUUCAUUGACCAAGCUUGUUGGGUCAAGAUAGCUGAUUGCUGGGAUCGUUCCGUUUUUAACCCUCCAGCCAUCUUGACCGAACAAGCUUGGUCAAAAACGUAUACCGGUAUAAUAGUCGUUGCAGAAAUAAUGUAAUUAACCUCUAUACAGUGUAGGAGGUAAAGGACAUACUAUCUGUGAUUCCUGGUAAACUGGAUUUACUGGAUUGUGUUUAUACUUGUUUGAUGGUUUGUGUGUGUAGGUGCUGAACGGUACAGUGACUAUGUUGGUUAUGCACAUACGUUUAAAUGGGCUGGAAACCAUGUUGAUCAGACAACUCGGUGAGAAAUUACCGUAUUUCCUCUUUUAUGUAAGCGCCCAGGAAGCCCUAAUUUAUUUCGGUGUUCCUCGACUUAGUGCUUUCUAGAAGCUUGGGGUUUUAAAACCUUUGUUUCAUUUAAAAUUCACAUACAUUUUAGCCUUGCAAAUUCUCUAGUUUAGCCAACAAAAUGCGCCACAAUGCCUAACAAAGUGAUAAUAAUUUUUUUUUUGAGGCGGGAGGGGGCUGUGAACGCAGUCUUUUUUGCGGCUGCCGCUUUUUUGCCGGAACUAUUUAUUUUUAUUCUAUAUUUAUCUAUUUGUUUCAAUCUCGCCAGAGAGAAGUAACCUCUGAGAAAAUGACAACAAAAUUUAGCUAUCGUGAACUGAACAAAGCUCGUUCAGUAUCUUGCGCCCUGUGUUUCCAAGGUUAUUUGUUUGAAUCCUUUCGUGGACUCUUGUGUGUUUACUGUCCCUGGCUUGUAACAUGCGGAAUAUUAAGUCUUUUUUAUUAAUAAGUAAUGUAUUUUUUUCCAGAGACUCGUGGGGACGGCGGAACACUAAGAUAGUGGCAAUAGAUGCUCAUGUAUUCCGUUGUUACACGGACCAACUUGAAGCUGGUCUGCUUAAGCGAGAACUUAACAAGGUAAUGUGCAAACUAUUUAACUGAUCGCUUCCUCUGCAUUUGCAAUUAUCUUGGGGUCUUGCGGGCGGGGUUAUACAGUCUUAGUGGGUCGUUAAAAUGGGAGGCACGUUGUCAUCUUAAGAAGCAGCGUAAUAUAGUGAGAGCGCCAGUUAAGGUAAAAAGCAACACUAAAUACUCUCGAUUUUUUUUUUUUUUUUUUUUUUUUCAGGCAUUCUGUGGGUUUCAUUCGGACCAAAAAUAUCUCCCAGCCAUUGCUACAGGUCAGAUAAGUUUUAUAUCGGUUAUUUUUAUAUAAAUUAUAUACUUAGUAAAUAGGCGCAGACAAGACGAGACCUUUGCGGAUUGGCGAUUUUCUUUAUAUAUUCGAGGCGGGGGGAGGGGAGGGGGGCUAUUUUUUGCGAUCGGUUCAGUUGGGUUUCUCACUGGGAAUUAAUUUUUGCGAUCUUAAGGAAGCUCGUUCAUGAUUGAUUUUGUUUACUAGGGUCAAAAGACAGGCGGGGAAUAUCCAGAAAUAAAAUACCGUUGUCGUUUUAAGUACGUAAAGUCGGUGUUGUCGUGCUAUUAUGAGCCCGCGUAGCAAGCGUUUCCGUCUGGUUUCGGAGCAAAGAAAGACCGAGGAACGGGAUUUUCGGUUUCAGCCGCGCGAGAAAUGAAACGAGAGCCAAAAAAAAUGAAAGAGGGGGGAGGGGAGGGGGAGGGGAUCUAACCCAAUGGCCCACCCCCUCCCCGCUCUUUUACUUGCGCCAAUUUUUCGCGCGGUCUUUGACUCUCGUUCCUCGUUCUUUGCUCCUAAACCGCACGGAAACGAUUGCUACGCGGGCUAGAUUCACGCUAAUAACAAUUGACAUUUCUCUUCAGAGCAAUGGCGAUGUUUUCUUUUUUUAAAAAAAAAAAAAAACGCUAUGUUUACACUAUACCGGAUAUGCACGAAAACCAUAUCGGAUAUAGCUUUUGUUCACACAUAAGAACGGUGAUUUCGGCGUGAUUUCUGUAACGGAACGAAGCUACGCCCCGCCGAUCUCUAAAGUGGAGAGUCACAUAUCUUAUAGGUACAAAAAGGUAUCCGGUGUAGUGUGAGCAUGGCCUAAAUAAUUUUGACCAUUGAGUCGCUUCUGCGAGUGAAAAUUUUGUGGUAGUUUUUAUUGGCAGGAACUUUUUUGCUGAUCGCGGGAAAAAGCGUGCGCAAAAAUCGCUGAAUAAAUGAGAACCGCAUAUAUACGCAGACAAAAUUCUUUGGUUGCUUUUUGAGAACAUAACCUGACUAACAUCGGUUUACUUAUUCAGGAAACUGGGGGUGCGGCGCAUUUGGUGGAGACUCGAGACUAAAAGGUACAAGAAAACGGAGUAACUUGUCUUUUUGCUUACGUGAUUGUUCCAACAGAUUACACUUUGCUUGAUCACAACUUCACUGUUUGCUCGCUCUGUUAUGUUUGUUUGUUUGUUUGUUUUUUUCGUUUAAACUAGGUAUGAAAAAAUUAAUGUCUAGCAGUUCAAUCCUCUCCUCUCCUCUGCCGUGUUUUUCCCUAUAACACCUAAUCUUCUUAACUGUACAUUUGCUGAUCGGUUGUUUUACCAGAUGAUAUCUGGACAUAUCUGUAUGCCAGUUACUAAUCUUGAAGGUGUGCAAAAGGCGCAUAGAAAAUGUUCACCACAAGUUAGCCUGGAAGCUGUCGUUUCCGUUUCCCCUUUAGCCAAGCAAAAGAUGCGCGGGAGACACGCGAGGAACCCUCGCGUGAAGCCCUCGCUUGGCUGAAAGGAAACAGAAACGACUGCCACACAGGCUCACCAACAGUCUCUUUGCAACCUCGAUCUGUGCAUCUGCGCCAAGGAAUCGAGAGACCCUGACAACCAGGCUGGUCCGUCCGUAACUCUCUGAGUUCACAUCUCGUGCAGGACCCUGAUUUCAUCCUUGCCCCACGCUUGACGUAAAAAACAUUUCGUCUUGCUCCUAUCCUAGAUCCACAUUACGAGUCACUUUAUUUUUGUCAUCUUCAGGUUUGAUUCAGAUGAUGGCUAGUGCUGCCUGCUCCAGGGACCUUGUUUAUUUCACGUUUGGUGACGUUGUAAGUUUCAGCGAUUUUCAUAUAUCUUUUCUUUUCAUCUCGUUUCUUCUCUUUUUCAAUCUAUUCUUUGAUACGGUAGUUAACCAAUAACAAUAAUAAUACUCAAUUCAUUUACUUACGGAACUUUACAAAUACUUGGUGUUUCUCUAGGGACUGGCAGACGAUCUCCUGGAUAUCCACUCGUUUAUAACAGAACGAAAGCUAACAGUGGGUAGGUAAAAAGCUUAGCUGCCGCAGGUAAUAAAUUGCUUUGUUAUCUGCCGUGUAGUAGCGUUCAAAGAGGCCAUGUUUGGGUAAAAUUCCGACAAGCGACAUAGCCUCGAAACAGCGACAAACGACGUAAAGCUGGCUUAAAUACCGAAAAAAAACGCGGAACGAGCGUAUUUGAAAUUUAGACUAGGGACAUACGUACCCCCGCCCACCUAUGAGGGCCCUUCCGGAGAAUUAUUUCUACUGAUUUGCAGUCAAGACACGUGUGCUCCUUGUUUUGUAGUUGCUGUCUUAUUGAAGUCUAGAUUGCAUUGCCUACGCGGGAGUUGAUUCUUUGUAUCAUUUAACUGAACCCUUGUUUUUUUCCGGCCUUUUUUCGCAGGUGAUGUUUGGAAUAUGAUUCAGCGGUACGGAAAAGAAAUUCGUGCGGCGAGCUCUGUGACCGUCAAGCUUUACGUGUUUAUGCGGCAGUUACAAGAUCAAUAUGAAUGUGACACUGACCAUGAACAAUCGGAAGACAAACAAGAACAAUGCGAAGCCACGUUAAGUUACAUUCUCGAACCUGAUUCAGAUUCCUACAAGGACAACACGCCCUAGAGAUUUUCACUGAAAUUGUGUCGAGUCCUUUUGUUCUAACCUUCCCUUUGUCCUAUACCCCCCACCCCAACAGCCGCCCGUUGAGGGGAGGGACGGGGCGAAGUGACGGCUGACAUUUCAUACUACUGAGUAUUUCCUUCUUAGUUAGAAGCGAAAAAUAGAACAUUGCGGUUAUUACUCCUUAGCCUCCGAGCUAGCUCUCCAUUUGGGGGAGAGCUUGCUCGCAGACUGAAAUACUCCUGGGAGAUUUAAGAAGUGUCACGAAAAGAGUAUCCACGACAAAUAUAUUUAUAUAGUACAUACUAUCGACAAAUUAUUU